AUGGUUUGGGUGGGCUCGCUCUCGGGAGAGUUCUCAACCAAGGCUACUUGGGAGAGUAUUCGGUACAAACGCAACAUCUCGCUGCUGGACGAGUUCCUUUGGAACAGCCUCGUGCCACUGAAGUUAUCAUUCUUCGCAUGGAAGGUUUUACGUAGCUUGGUCCCCUUGGAGACGGUUCUGAAACGACGUGGAGUUCCCUUGGCUUCAUGUUGCCUGUGUUGUCAGUUGGAAGAAGAGUUAGUAGUUCAUCUCUUUGUGACAAGCCCUGUAGCAAGGGAGGUUUGGAGCUCCUUUUGUCAGAGGUUUGGAAUUAUUGAUCCUCGCUCCACGUCGGUAUCUGCGAUGGUCUUGACAUGGCUUAGCUCGACUUCGGUGAUAUCUCGUGAUCAUAUCAUGACCGUCGUCCCUUUAGUAAUACUAUGGUUCCUAUGGAAGGCUAGGAACAAGGCGCUCUUCGAGGGUGAGAUCUUUGAGGCUCAUAGGGUUGUGUCUUUGGUCGAUGGAUUCGUGAAGCAACUGGGGGCGGCAAAAAAACUUUUGGCAUGUUAUUUUCGGGGAGACAUAAGAGACCCACGGGUCGGACUGAGCACCCGGCCAGUAAAACGGAAAACUGCACAGGCGGUGUCUUGGAAACGCCCUCCGAUGCACCAUGUCAAGUUGAAUAUGGAUGCUAGUGUCUCUCACAAGCGCGCCUAUAGGGGUGGUUUGCUUCGCGACUCGGACGGCCGCUUAAUUUUUGCUUAUUACAAGGAAUUUGGGGAGUUGGACGUCUUAAUGGCAGAAAGUUCAUCGUUGCUGCAUGGCCUUCAGCUCUGUAGGGACCUAGCCAGGGGGCCCCUGCUGGUGGAGAUAGACUUUAAAAGCCUGGUUGGUAGUGACGUCUCGAUAGCCUCUGUGCAAUACGUUGUGUCGGAUCCGGGCAUUGCUUUCCUCACUUUCAACAACGGUAUCCCACGUCUUUAG